GAAUUUCGCGGGCGCUCGAUCAAGCGAACAUCGCUGCAGUCACGUGUCGCCAUGUUAAUAUAUUUCCUACAUUGUUCGUUUUCAAUAUUUGAUGAAUCUCUUUGUUUUAAACAAAACCCUUUUGUAAACAAACCCAAGUGCACCAGCUGAUUGCUGGGGCCUUGAGUGUGCUAUGAAUACUUAUUUAUUUUGAUGUAUGUACCAUGGUGCGAUUGCUCCAUACUUAAGAAUAGGAUCCAAUAACAGUUCGUGAUUGGCUCAAGAUAAGGAAUCUAAAAAACUACAUGACACAUAUAAAUAUAUAUUUUUUUAAAUUUAUGAUCUGAUAAAUUGGUUUGCAACGAAGGAAGAAGAAACAUCGAUAGACAAAAAUAGGAUGGGCGUGACGACCCAGGUGGUGAUAGUGGGCGCGGGAGCUGCGGGCAUGGCCGCGGCCUCUCGGCUGGCCGAGCGAGGAAUCACAGACUUCCUGAUCCUGGAGGCCGAGGACAGGAUCGGUGGUCGGAUCCACUCCACUGUGUUCGGCGGCCACACGGUGGACAAGGGCGGCCAGUGGGUGCACGGGGAGCGCGGCAACGUGGUGUUCGAGAUGGCCGCGCCGCUGGGCCUGCUGCGCGACUGCUCCGUGCCGCUGGCGAGCGGCGGCAUCGUGGCUGACGGCUCGGGCCGCAGGGUGGACCCUGACGAGGCACGUCUCUUCCUGGGCAUACUGCAGGCCAUUGACUCGGAGCAGGAGCAGGCCAUGAGGAUGUUCCCGGGCUCCAUCCUCGACUUCUACCUGCAGGAGUACAAGAGAAGGCUGCGGGCAGAAGGCGUGGACUAUGAGAGCUCCCGUCUAGCUGAGCCCUUCUUCCAGCUGUUCUGCCGACUGCAGGAGUCGGUGGACGGCUGCGACUCGUGGACCCAGCAGUCGAGUCGUGGCAGUCGAGAGUACUGGACGUGUGAGGGCAACCUGAUGCUCGGCUGGAAGAGUGGCGGCUACCACAGCGUCAUCGACCUGCUCACCAAGAGGUUCCCUGAUGCCAGUGCAGAGCUGCCUGUCAGGAGCAAGGUGUGUCUCAACAAGGAGGUGACCAGUGUGCAGUGGGAGGGACAGCACCAGGUGGUGACCUCGUGUGCAGAUGGCUCUGUGUACUUGUCUGACCACGUGCUGGUGACAGUGUCUCUGGGAGUGUUGAAAGACAAGUGUCAGACCUUGUUCCAGCCCCGGCUGCCUGCAUACAAGCUCACUGCUAUUCAGGGCUUGGGGAUUGGAACUGUGGAUAAAAUAUUCCUUCUUUUUCCUCAUGAGUGGUGGACCAACGAAGAGAAGGUGUUCAGCAUCGUGUGGACUCGUGAAGCCAUUCAGGCCUUCCGUCUCGAACAGGACGACGGCAGGCGCUGGCUGCAGGACGUGUUCUGCUUCCACCCCGUGGACGGCGCGCCCAGCACGCUCAUGGCCUGGGUCGUGGGGCGCUCGGCACGGCACAUGGAGUCACUGCCCCUCCCCGCCGUGCUGCACGGCUGCACGGAGCUGCUGCAGUUCUUCUUCGGCCAGCUGUACGACAUCCCGCCCGCUCUGCAGGUGGACAGGUCCACUUGGGGCACCAACAAGCACUUCCGUGGCUCGUACAGUUACCGGGGCGUGGACAGCGUUGCGACGGGGGCGACACCUGCCCUGCUGGCCCACCCAUUGGUCGACUCUCAAGGCAAACCGGCUGUGUUGUUUGCUGGCGAGGCCACUCACGAGCACUACUUCUCGACGGUGCACGGAGCCGUGGAGACGGGCUUCAGGGAGGCGGAGCGGCUGGCCGCGCUGUGCGGGGCCCCGGGUUCGAGCUCCGAGUAGCGGCCCCGAGCGAGCAGAUGUGUCGCCGCCAACGGUAACGCCUGCUGCCGGCGACGAUAAGUUACUUGGUUCCGAGUCGAGCAUCCACCAAGAAUUAUCAUAGUUUCUGUACUUUAUAGCAUUUACACGAUAUUAUAAGAUUUGUUGGACCAAA